UGCGCAUGCGUGCUGGCUCCGUACUGCAGAGCCUCCGCAGCUGUCAGAGCGUCCAGGAAUGCGCCCUCGUCACUUCAACUUUGCGGAGGCAGCUGCAACCUGCUCUCCGUUUCGAGUUUUGUAAGUAAACAUAAUGUCUCCACGCUCCGUCCAUUAAACUCAACAGCCCCAGAGGACAUAAUGUCUCUGAGACGCCCUCUAAAAGCCCGUUGAGGACACUAGUUAGCCCCGGUAGCCAUGGCGUCUUUGACGGUCACCUCGGCGGCUCGGAGCGUCGAGAAGCACCGCAAGUCCUUCUCGCUGCUCUACUACCGGGCUGUGCGGGACCUGAAGCCGGUGUGGAUGCUGGAGGACAUGCGGACUAUGGAGACGUUUUACCAAGAGGAGGACUGCAGCCAGAGGAUUUAUACUCCGUCCGAAGCGCUGCUCUACGCCAUCGUCCACGACCACCAGCCGUACGCGCAGUACCUCCUGAGCAGAUACACCGACGAGGCGCUAGCCAAGCCCGGGGAGCGCUUCUGCUGCUGCCCGUCCACGGCGCCGCACCUCACCAUGGCUGUCCGCUACGACAGGCGACACAUUCUGGGCCUUAUAUUGCAGGAGACUCGCCGGACACCCAGCGGGACCUCCUACACCGGUUAUCUCCACACGGAAGGCGGCAGGACCCCUCUACACCUGGCCUGCGAGCUCCAGCGGCCCGAGGCGGUGGUCAUGCUACUGGGGAGCGGAGCCUCGCCGCUCGCCCGGGAUCACGACGGCUUGACCCCGCUGGACGUCAUCCUGGAGAAACUCAGGGAGUCCGAGGCGGCGAGCGGCGGGGAGAGGAGGCAGUGCUUGGACAACCUGCUCAUGUUCAUGCCCAAAGUUCAUUUCAAAAUGAAGGCAGCUCUGGGGAAAGAGCCGGAGCGGUGGAGCAAGGUGCUGGGCGAGGAGACCUACAAGUACCUGGCUGGAAGGAGCCCGGCGCCGCUGCUGCUCACCGCCAUGCAGACCGUCCUGCAGCAGCUCAGCCCGGCCACCUUCCCGGACAGCCUGCAUGAGCUGCCCAUCCCCUCCUCCCUCAAGCCGCCGGGGCUUCCUGUGAGACAGAAGGCGGUGUAGCAUCCGUAAGACGUGAUGCAUGCUCCCUGUAUGAUCAAUCCUGUAUUUUAGCAUGACAUGUAUGUGUGCGUGUGUGUAUGCGCGUGUGUUUGAAAAGCCUGUACGGCUAUAAAGCGGUAACACUUCAUGAUAGGGCUGCACAAAUAAACUCUGCAACAGUCAGGGAACAGCAUGUGUGUAUCUGAUCUAAUGAUGAUGGUUAAUUAACAGGGAGGUUGGUUGCAUCCUGCAGUGGACAGACUAGGGAAUAAACAGCCAUAUUCUAAGUUUUAACACUAAUUCAGCCAUCAGUAGUCAGUUUAUUUGUCUAACCUCAUUCUAAAGUGUUACCUAGUAGUGUUACUGCUAUUAAAACCACUGUAUCAUAUCAGAGGAGUAGACCAGCACUGAUGAUAGUCUAUAUGAGCUGUGUUACUGAUUUAUUUUAUUUAUUUGGAUUAUAUUUAACAGCAGUGACGAAGGACGUGAUCUCAUAGAUCGUUUGACAACAGUCAGGUGACUGGAAGUAUCUCUGGAUGACUGAUUAUUUUUAAAUAAAUAGGAAUCCAAGUGAUGGUA